UUUUCAUAGGGUCUUGUGAUAAUGCAAAGAUAGGUUGUGCAACACCUUUCCUGAGCAUCAUAUACGAACUUUGCCCAGAGUCUUGGAGAUAAAAUUGGACUGAAAGAGAAGAGCCAAGAGGAGCCUUGACACCACAGACUGAGGCAAGGAGUACGUGACCGUGAACAUGUGGAGAACAGCGGGAGCACUUCUAUUACUUCUACAUGCUGUGUUCGGUCAGAGCAGCAUCAGAUGGUGCACCAUCUCAGACGCAGAGCAGAGGAAAUGUCAGGCCAUGUCGCUCGCGUUUGCCCAAGUCUCCAUCCGGCCGUCCCUCAGCUGCGUCCGUGCAGCCACGGUGGAGAACUGUGUGCAGAAACUGCAGAGAAAGGAAGCAGAUGCAUUGUCCAUGUUUGCUCCUGACAUCUACAACCUGGGGAAGACUGCUUCAUUCAAGAUAGCUGCCAGUGAAUCAAAGGCUGAUCGUACUGGGGCUUCCUACUAUGCAGUCGCUGUCGUGAAAAAGGCCAGCUCUUCCAUCAACAUCAACAACCUGGCAGGGAAAAGGAGCUGCCACACUGGGAAAGGCCGCACAGCCGGCUGGAAUAUGCCGAUCGGAUACUUCAUAGACCAAGGCUACAUGUCUGUCAUGGGCUGUAACAUCCCACAGGGUGUGGCACGGUUUUUCAAUGCCAGCUGUGUUCCCGGAGCAAAUGAGGCCGGUGAUCCCGUGUCUCUGUGUCAGCUGUGUAUCGGCGAUGGGAAAGGACAACACAAAUGCGAGAAGAGUGCCCAGGAGCAAUAUUACAGCUAUGAGGGAGCUUUCAGGUGUAUGGCUGAAGGUGCAGGAGACGUUGCCUUUAUCAAACACACAACAGUUGAAGAAAAUACAGAUGGGAAUGGCCAAAUCUGGGCACAAAACCUGAAGUCAUCAGACUAUGAGCUGUUGUGUCGAGAUGGCGGAAGGCUUCCUGUCAGUCAAUGGCAGACAUGCCAUCUGGUCCGUGUCCCAUUUCGAGGCAUUGUGGUUGGCGAUCACAUCACUCCAUCUGUGGUGUUUAACAUGCUGACUGAGGGACUGGAGAAGUCUGGAUUCAACAUGUUUUCUGCCAAACCUUACGGAGAGGGAACGUUGCUCUUCUCUGAGUCCUCCGUCAUGUUUCAGAGCGCUGAGUAUGAUGACCCAAAGAAGUGGAUGGGUCAAUUCUAUCACAGUGCCAUGAGUGCUAUGGACUGUAAACUUCCAGAAAGUACCUUGCGGUGGUGCGUGUUGUCCAAUGGAGAGCAGAAUAAAUGCGCUGACAUGGGCAGUGCCUUUCAAAGAAAAGGUCUAACUCCAGCCAUCAGUUGUGUCUAUGGGGACUCUGUAACUGACUGCUUGAAGAAAAUAAAGAAUAACGAGGCUGACGCCAUCACUUUGGAUGGAGGUUAUAUCUACACAGCUGGCAAAGACUAUGGCUUGGUGCCCGCUACUGGCGAGAGCUAUACAGCGGAUCGAGAUGGCGCCAUGUACUAUGCAGUGGCAGUGGUGAAAAAGAGUAGCUCUGAUAUCAGGAGCCUUGAUGACCUGAAAGGCCGUCGCUCCUGUCACACGGGAUUUGGUCGCACAGCUGGCUGGAAUAUCCCUGUAUCGACCCUGAUAGAGACAGGCUUGAUCAGCCCUCAACACUGUCAGAUAGCCCAAGCGGUGGGCGGGUUCUUCAAGGAGAGCUGCGUGCCAGGUGCUAAUCAACCCGGUUUCCCAAGCAACUUGUGUGGUUUAUGUGCGGGAGAUGCAUCAGGGCAGAACAAAUGUGAGAAGGGAAAGGACCUGUAUGAUGGAUAUGAUGGUGCCUUCAGGUGUCUGGCAACGGGAGAUGGAGAUGUAGCGUUCGUCAAGCAUUCUACCGUCUUCCAAAAUACUGAUGGUAACUCCACUGAAUCAUGGGCCACAGAUCUCCUGUCCAAAAACUUUCAGCUGCUUUGCCUCCAUGGCACCAAAGCAGAGGUCACUCAGUACAGAUACUGUAACCUGGCCCGUGUCCCCUCUCAUGCUGUCAUGGUGCGGCCAGACACCAACAUCCACGCGAUCUACGGACUCUUGGAUCAUGCACAGGCAUACUUCAGCAGCGACACAGGUGCAGAGUUCAGGAUGUUCGACUCACAGGCAUACAAGGGCACAGAUCUUAUCUUCAAAGACUCCACGGUUCGUCUUGUGGGUGUAGGUGAGAAAAAGACCUACAAAGAGUGGCUGGGCCAAGGCUACAUGGAGUCACUUGUUGACAUGGAGUGUAAUUCAUCGUUUGCAGUGAUUUCCAAGCUGUGGUUGGUCGUCGUAACACUGCUCUGCUCCGUGAUGAUCACCAUCUGAACACCAACACCACCAAACGCCACACAUCCUCGUCUCCCACUCACUCCUCUUUUCCUGUUCUUUCCCUCAUCUGUAUCUCAUGCAGGUUAAAUACAAAUAUUACCGGUUUUAAUCAUGACAUGUUGAGGCAAAUAAAACAGUGACUUGUAGCUACUACAGAAAUGACUGCGCUUAGCCAUUUGUUUACAGAAGGUGAGCUGCCAUAUCAGAGAAUAUGCCGUCACCUGUUAUCUGUGGCUUUGCUUUCUCUCCAGUAGAUUUAGGGACAGGCUCUUAUUACCCAUCGCCACAGAAAAAGUGUGUCUUAAUGUAGCCAAUGAAUGUUCCAUAGACCAAAAGAUCCUUAUAAGGAUUGUUGAUUGGCAAUUCGUUGAUGUUUACACUGUUUUUAAGAUGCCUUUCAAGCGCAUAAUAUACAGUAAAUUGUAUAUAAUAUAUAUAAUUGUGGAUGUUAUCAUAUUUGCGCCUAUCUGUACCUGCUGUUGCUUUCAGUUUACAAUAUUAAUUUGAUAUCUAUGUUCUUUUAAACAGAGAUGUAUUUUUUAUAUGAUGUUCAGAUGCCAUAUCAGUGUAUAUGUACUGACUCAUAUUGUCGGAAAUGAGUGCAUUCUCUUUCCUUCAAAUGGAGAUUUUAUUUCAAUGUGAAAUGAUGAACCGUGUAACUAAUAUUUAGUUGCCAGGCCAGUGAGCCUGCACAGGUAUUGCUACAUCAAAAUACUGGAUUCAGUGGUGUAUCUUGUUGAAACAAAAUAAAUUCAAACGCAUUCA